AUGUCCUAUCCUCCCGUGCCCUCCAACCCUGCGAACCCUAUCGAUACCAACCCUAUAGGUGCUAACCCUAUAGGCAGCAUUAAUAGCGUCAACCCUGUGGGCUCUGUCUCGGCAGACCUAGAAUCUGUUUUUGCCCUAGAAUUUGCAGAGUUUUCUUCAUCGUUGGCCCUUUCGAGUUUCGAACUAGAUCCUAGAUUCUUUUCCUAUGGGGGCGAAUCUCACCAUUACCAAACAAGAGCCGCUCACGUGACGCCCCAAAGUCAGGUCGACAAACUAAAUCAAGGCCAAAAUGGUAGCCAUAAUCACGUGAGCCCGCUGGGCUAUGUGCCACGUGACGUCUCUCCUGCCUCAUCGGUAGAUGAUGAACCACAGCAACAAUCUAAUGUAGCGGCUCAAAAACUCCGGGAGAAACGUCAAAAGAACUUGGAAGCAUCUGCAAGGUUCCGUAUAAAACGUAAGAAGAAAUUACAAGAUAAUUUCCGUAAACUAGAUGAUCUGAAACGACUCAUAGCUAGACUCAAUGACCAAAUUAAUGUUCUUAACGAUGAAAACAUAUAUUGGAAACAACAAUUGUCUGCCAUCCAUGAGAAGAAGUCGCGUGACUUGCUUGAGAACAUUCGCAACGGUGUGUGA